AUCACAGACUUUUUUCUUAAAUAUCCACCCAUGGCAGAGCGCACUGACGCGAGCAGGAGGAGUAGGAUGUGCUUGUUCGAGUAGAGAAGAGGGAAGCCAUGUCCAGAAGCCAAAAAGAAGGAGAAGGAGCAAGACAAAGAGCAAUCUGAAUCUGAAGGACCAAAAGUGAAGAAGAGGCAUGUGAAUUUGACUGACAGGACUACAACAUCGUCCACCUGUUGGAAAGAAAAGCUUCAGCUGGAAGAUUCAAGAUCGCUUUAGACAUAGAAAGGAAAAAAGGGCCUGGAGGUCAUUUUGACUGGAUCGCAGAAGGUGCAGAGUAAGCAAUGGAAAUUUUUAAUUUGAAAGAAAACAUACACCAAUGUUAAACUAUGUCAAGGUGAUACAUUUUGAGACAAGGAUUUAAGAAGCAUUUUAUAUGAAAUGUUUCAGAAAUAGAUCCCAUACUUGGAUACUUAAAGACUGAAAAAUUCAGUUUUUUUUUAGUUUUGACUGUAUUUUUCAAGCUUCUGUGCAGUUUUUCUCCACUGCUGUGUAUAAAUGUAGCUUGGUCCUAACCACAAGGCUCUAAUUACAAAUCAAGCUUGGAAAAAAAAAGUUUCAGACCUUCAUAAUUAUAAGGGCCAUCUAUAAAAGGAAACCAAGUAAAGGGCGAGGUCCAUGUGAUAGAAAAGAGUAGGUGGCAAGAACUCAAACAGAAAGAAUCUCACUCAGAAAAGACAAACUAUGGAUCCUCAUGGAGGACAUUACCUCAACAAAGACGCUGUGCUGUCACCUUUGGGAGCAGCCCGAAUGUGUCAACUACUUCUUGGCUGCACCAUAAUGGCCCUUGUGUCCCACGGCGCGGGCUACAGUGCCAGCUAUGGAACCUUCUGCAUGUUUGUCUGGUGCUUCUGCUUUGCAGUCACGCUGGUUGUAUUCACCCUGGACAUCACCCGUCUCCACAACUGUAUGCCGAUCUCCUGGGAUAACUUCACAGUGGCUUUUGCCAUGCUAGCAACACUCAUGUACAUCACCGCCUCAGUUGUCUACCCAGUCUACUUCCUCCAAGUUGAGUGGCCCGAUGAAGAAUGGGAGGUCCAAAUCUAUCGCAUCGCAGUCACGGUUUGUUCCAGCAUCUGCUGCUUUCCGUACGGCGUGGAGGUUUUCCUGACGCAAGCAAAACCUGGAGCUGUGGUGGGCUACAUGGCCACUGUGUCUGGUCUGCUGAAGGUGGUACAGGCUUUUGUGGCCUGCAUUAUUUUUGGGGCCCUGGCCAACGAUAGUGAAUACAACAACUACAUUGCCACGCAGUACUGUGUGGUUGUGUACAGUCUGUGUUUCUCCAUCACCGUGAUAGUGAUUGUACUGACAGUGUCCGGUAGAACCUCUGCCUUAAGGUUCCCAUUUGACCGGUUUGUGGUGGUGUACACCUUCUUUGCCAUGAUCCUCUACCUCAGUACUGCACUGAUCUGGCCCAUCUUCAGCUUUGAUAAGAAGUAUGGCACUACCACUCGACCUGAGGACUGCCCACGUGGAGAGUGCCCCUGGGACAGUAAACUAGUGGUGGCAGUUUUUACCAGUGUCAACCUCAUUUUAUACUUUGUUGACCUUCUUUACUCACAGAGGAUUCGCUUCAUCUCCAGUUCUGCUGCGUGAAAAGCUUCAGUCCUGUUGGCCAUAGAAACAGACAUGUGAAGGACCUACUGACUAUUGAACCCAGCUUCACAAAUGUAUGCCAACUGUACAUUAAAGGAUCCAUUGUGUACCUAAUGCUCUUACAAGACAGUAUUGCACACAUCACAGACUUUCUCUAUUUCUGGCCUCCACUUGAAAGCCCCCAUGGUUCAGUGAUUAGAUGAUCUCAGCACAGCAGCACAUCCAUCUCAAGAGGAAAGGCAUCCAUGAAGCUGCUGUGGUGAUGUGGGAUGGGCCUGGAGGAGUGUGUGAUGUUUAUGGCAUCAUUGCAAUGUUAUUUUUGGCAGAGUAAAUCUGUGUUAUUAUGAUGAUGUAGUAAAUGAUAAAUUGCGUUUCAAAGAAAUUUCAUAGUUCUUUAUAACAAAUAUUUUAUGAAUGUAGAUUUGGUAGUUUGAGAAAUAUUGUAUUUUUUUUUUUUGUUCUCUGUUAUUUUAUAGCCCAUAUUUAAGUUUAGGAAGUCUAGGUUUUGUGUUUGAUGGUAAAUUUAUUUAAUCAUUUUACAGUUACAAACAAGCAAUAGACCGCAAUUUUCAGGUAUAAUAAAUUUUUGGUUAUUACACCUAACUAUGAUCAAA